CGGGGCAAUCAAUUCGUCACCGGUCCUUGCUCCGUCGACUCAGACUGCCAGCAGGGUUGCUGCGGUUUCUCCACGGGCAAAUGCGCCGGCCCCGCGGUGGCUCAGACCAACGGCUCCGGCGGAUGCGGCCACGGCACCGCUGCCCCCAACUGCAACACCGCCGCGGCGUUCGUCUCCCAGCUCGAUGGCCUCCCAUUCACCCCAGCCACCGCCUCCAACACCACCUCUGCCAACACCACCUCCUCCAACGCCUCCACCUCCUCCUCCUCCAACGCCACCGCCACCGCGGGCGUCACCGCCGCGCCUACAGCAGAUCAAUCCAGCAAGAAGACGGUGUUUGAGACGUGUUCGGCCGACUCGGACUGCCAGCAGGGUUGCUGUGGGUUCUCCACCGGCAAGUGCGCCGGGCCCGGGAUCGCUCAGAGCAACGGCUCUGGUGGAUGCGGCCACGGUACCGCUGCCCCCAACUGCAAUGUCGCUGCGGCGCUU